AUGGAGCCUGUCCGGACUAGAGAGUCCUUAUCUCCUGCGUCUGCCACUGCCACUGCCUCUGGUUCUGCUUCUGCCGCCGCCUCUGCUUCUGCCAUUGCAUCUAAUGUUCGGAGACGUGCCCCGGCAGCCUGCCGCAUCUGUCGCCAACGGAAAGUGAAGUGUAAUGUCACAGCAGUCGGCAUCCCAUGUCUAAAUUGUGUGCGUGAUGGCCACUCCUGUGAGGUAAGUGGACGAAAGAGGCGCGCCUAUCCGCAACCACAACCCGAUGAUCUGAUGGAUAGUCGGGGUGUCGCAGGCUUCACAUCGACAUCUUCGUCUGUCAACUUGCCAUCGCCCACUGCGCGUUCUCAGCCUCCGAUUUUGACCCCGAUAACAACUCCUCCAUCUGUUUCUACCACCUCAUUCUUUGCCCUCCCAAGCGGCAUACCGGACGAAGUGGAUCGCAAAACUGCGAUUGAGGCUGACGGCUGCAUCACUAUGAACCAAGACGGCGCUGUGUCCAGCCGUGGACCAGACGACUAUGCGAUUGAGUCAUUGGCCUCAUCCCUAAUGGAGGAUACGGCUGAAGCUACGACUGAAACAUUUUACGUUGGAGACCAACAAGGAAUUGGCUAUAUCCUUGAUAUUGUGGGUGAACCAAGCAUGAUCCCACAGCAUUACGCCCUGCCCUAUAUGGCCGCUACGCAAGACUUGAUGCCCCAAGAUAUAGCAUACCUUCGAUCUAAGGGCGUCUUCUCAGUCCCUACUGAGCCUGUUUGUCAAGCACUGUUAGCAGCGUACUUCCAACACAUCCAUCCAAUACUGCCAGUAGUAGAUGCUGCAAGUGUGCUCACAACCUUCCACAAUGGUGGCGCUUCUGCAGUCAAUAUACUCCUGCUGUGGAGUAUGUUCUCUGUGGCGGCCAAUUACGUCGAUAAGGCGGUGUGCUACUAUGACAAUGGAUGCGAAAAAGACCGCAUUUCGAUAAUUCAAUCUGUUAGCCUCCUGGCUUUCUGGUACUCUGACCUAGGUGAGCGUACAGAGUCAUGGCAUUGGAUGGGCAUUGCCAUCGGCCUAUCUCAAACCCUGGGUCUAAACCGGGAUCCUGACCGUGGUCAAUACAACAAGCGCCUUUCAAACCGGCAACGUCAGUUAUGGCGACGUAUUUGGUGGAGCUGCUUUUUCCGCGACCGUUGGUUGAGUCUUGGGAUGGGUCGCCCCAUGCGGAUUAACACCCGUGAUUGUGACACCCCGAUGCCUUCAGCUGAGGACUUGACGACUGAAUUUAACGAGUUGUCCCCUUUGGUCCGAGACAGGUAUAUGCCGUUCGACUUUCGGCAGCUUGCUGACCACUGGGUGGUCCUCUUGCAUCUUAGCAAAGCUCUAGGUACAAUAUUGUCCGAGAACUACCGUGCCACUGGCCCUUUGCCCUCACGUACCUGGGUCGAAGCAACUGAACAAGAACUUCAACAUUGUAUUGCAGACGCUGGUGAAAGGUCUCCAGAUGCCAGCCCGGCCCUGUCUUUCUACUCAUAUCAUCUUCGGCUUCACUUCAACGCCGCAUUGAUUGCCUUAUGGCGACCAUAUGCCAGCAGGAUCGCAGCAGAUGUUCCUUCUGAUCAGGAGGCUGUUUGGUUCGCACUCGUGCAGCAGAAAAUUCGGACAGCGGCUUCAAACACGAACACCGUACUAGACAAGGUCAUCAGCGAUCAACUAAUCGGCUACAUAGGCCCCAUGACGGUGCCUCUGCUUGUGCCAGCCAUGAACAGCCACCUUCUCGAAUCCAAAUCGCUCGACCCUCUCAUAAGGCAAUCGAGCCUGAAUAAACUAGAUCUAUUUAUGAUAGUCCUAAGAAAAGUUCAGGACAUUUACUCAUCGGCAACGUUCAUCCACGGCCUCUUUUUACAAGCAAUCGAGAAACUAACCUCGCCACAAUACACGGGCACGAAUACGCCCCUGCAGAUUUCGCAGCGACAGAACUCAAUUACCGAUUCUACAAGCCAGGUUAUAUCGCAAGAUAGUGUGAACCAUAUCACAAUCGAUAAUUUCUGGCAAUUCGAUGACCCGGUUUUUGAUGUUUGGGAUUUGCUGCCCACCUUCAGUGGUGCUGGAACACCAAUGGCAACAAAGCAGGGAUUGGUUGUGGAGAAGUAA